AUGGUGAAGCUUUUCUGGCCUCGCAUGGUGGGAAUCACCCUUAUUCAAUCUGCUGCUGCUAAAGGAGCUGUCUGCUUGGAUGGAACAUUGCCUGCUUAUCAUUUCGACCGCGGAUACGGAUCGGGAGCAAACAGCUGGAUUGUUAACUUAGAGGGAGGUGCGUGGUGUAAUAACGUUAGAACAUGCGUUUAUCGCAAGACUACACGGCGUGGAUCAUCAAAAUUCAUGGAGAAGGCGAUACCUUUUACGGGAAUAAUGAGCAAUAAUCCUCGAGAGAAUCCAGAUUUCUUUAACUGGAAUAGAGUGAAAAUUCGUUACUGUGAUGGUGCUUCUUUUACCGGUGAUAGUGAAAAUAGGGCUGCACGGCUGCAAUUCAGAGGACAACGCAUUUGGUUGGCUGCAAUUGAAGAGUUGAUGUCAAAGGGAAUGCGUUAUGCCAAGCAGGCUCUUCUUUCUGGAUGCUCAGCUGGUGGUCUAGCUACGAUUUUACACUGUGAUGAAUUUCGAGGUCUACUCCCGAGGACUACCAAAGUGAAGUGUCUUAGUGAUGCUGGUUUGUUUCUUGACGCUGUUGAUGUAGCUGGUGGACAUACCCUCAGGAAUUUUUUCAACGGUGUUGUAACCCUACAGGGAGCGCAGAGGAAUCUUCCACGCGCUUGUAGUAAUCAUCUUGAUCCUGCCUCGUGCUUCUUUCCUGAGAAUGUGAUCGCCGGUAUCAGAACCCCGCUAUUCAUUCUUAAUACAGCCUAUGACUCAUGGCAGGUCCAAUCAAGCUUAGCUCCUCCAGCGAACGAUCCCCGUGGCUAUUGGCAUGAUUGCAGAUUAAACCACGCUAAGUGUACUGGUUCACAAAUUCAGUUUCUUCAAGGAUUCAGGAAUCACAUGCUGAAUGCUGUUAGAGGGUUCUCAAGAUCAAAUCAAAAUGGAUUGUUCAUAAACUCAUGUUUUGCUCACUGCCAAUCUGAGAGACCAGACACAUGGUUUGCUGACAACUCUCCUGUCAUUGGAAACAAGGCAAUUGCUCUGGCCGUCGGGGACUGGUAUUUUGACCGAGCCGGUGUUAAGGACAUUGAUUGUCCUUACCCUUGUGAUAACACAUGCCACCAUCUAGUUUUCAGAUGA